CUGGGCAGCUGAGCUGGUGGGGGGCAGCCCUGUCUGCAGCACGGGUGGGACUGAGGGGACUUUAUGUUCCCUUCCAGUUCUGCGGUUAUGACAGUUCCUUCGGACUGCUUUUCGCUCGUGUAUAGAAUGGUUCAGCCUAAAUCCAUUUUUUUAAUAAGACUUCUUUAUAUGCAUUGCUAGAAUUCUACUUUUCUCUUACACAAACCUGCUUGGAUUUUGUGUACCUCAUACAGCUGUGUGUUAGCAACACUUACCUGUUUUUAAUUUCCGUGGGUCAAAACUGACAUUCAUGUGGUCACCCCCUCAGUGUGUGCUGGUAGGCUUGGGCUGUGACUUCUGUGUGGUUGGUAAGGCUGAGAGCAGUGAGGGAGAAGGGCCAGCAGCUUGAACUUUUCUCAGUGUUUGAGGAUGUUUCCUCUAGGUCACCUCUAGGCCAUCUCUCCCAUAUGUGUUGCUAAGAUUGCUUAAAAUCCCACCUUGCGCUUCUUGGCUGUUAAGAUGAGCAAGUUCUGUUCUGCUUAGAUAUAACGUAAAGGCGGUAUAUUCCGCAGUAAGCAUGCUGCGUGGAGAACUAAAUUAUGCAGUAAGGGUUGUUUAGGUGGCAAGAAGAAAACUGCCUGGGCAUGGUUCCCUUUUUGUGAGCUGGGGCAAAAGGGUGAUACGCAGACAGGCAGUCUGUGCAGGCUGUGUGUUGUGGGCUCAGUGUGACAGCUGUGCUCUGCAUAGUGCAGGGCCCACAGUCCUAAUGGAUUGCUGCCGGGAGGUGGGCAUUGGCCCCGGGGGCAAGGCCUGUUCUCACCCUACACCACGUGGUGACACGUGUGGCUCAGUCUCUCCUGGGAGCUUUUCCCCUGGUGUAAGUGUGGGAGUGGAGCUGCCACGUGCCAGCUUCUGUGUUUGUUUGAAUUCUCCUCCAAGCAAAAUACCCCGUCAAGCACCUUUAUGCCACUCCAAUUGCCAGUAUCAGAGAUUACACAAUAUAAGAAAAGCUGCGUGUUCAGAGGCAUCUGUGCAUGAGGAGAAGUUUGUUCUAUGGCCUCGGAGCUGGGUGCCAGGGAGGAUGGCAGCUGCUCAGAGCUGGCAAAACCCCUUUAUCUGCAGUACCUGGAGAAAGCUCUGCAAUUGGAUCAGUUUUUACGACAGACAUCUGCCAUCUUUAACAGGAAUAUAUCCAGUGAUGAAAGUGAGGAUGGAUUGGAUGACAAUCCUUUGUUGCCUCAAUCUGGGGAUCCCCUGAUGCAAGUUAAGGAAGAGCCUCCAAAUGCUUUACUUGGGGAAUCUUCUGGAGUAGGGAAUUCAGGAGUGCUGAACACACAUUCCCUGAAUGGAGUACUGCAGCCAGAGCCAAAGUCUGAAAAAGGAAGCUUGUAUAACUUUUCUAAACUGAAGAAAAGCAGAAAGUGGCUGAAGAGUAUCCUUCUGAGUGAUGAUUCCAGUGACACAGAUUCUCCAAGUGAUGAGGAUGGAGAGGAUGAAGAAGAAUUUUCUCUUUCAAGGGAGGAGCUUCACAAUAUGCUGCGAUUACACAAAUAUAAGAAACUACAUCAAAGUAAAUACAGCAAAGACAAAGAGUUGCAGCAAUACCAGUACUACAGUGCAGGACUGCUGUCUACGUACGAUCCUUACUAUGAGCAGCAGCGCCACCUGCUAGGGCCCAAGAAAAAGAAGUUUAAAGAAGAGAAAAAAUUGAAAGGAAAGUUGAAAAAAGUAAAGAAAAAGAGGAGGCGGGAUGAAGAUCUGUCUUCGGAGGAGUCACCGGAACACCACCAUCACCAGACCAAAGUUUUUGCCAAGUUUUCUCAUGACACACCACCACCUGGGUCCAAGAAAAAGCACAUGUCUAUUGAACAACUUAAUGCUCGUCGGCGAAAAGUGUGGCUUAGCAUUGUUAAAAAGGAGUUGCCAAAGGCAUACAAACAAAAAGCAUCAGCGCGCAACCUUUUCCUUACCAACAGCAAAAAGCUUGCUCAUCAGUGCAUGAGAGAGGUACGUCGAGCUGCUCUCCAGGCCCAGAAAAACUGUAAGGAAACUCUACCACGGGCACGUCGUCUUACCAAGGAGAUGCUUCUCUAUUGGAAAAAAUAUGAAAAGGUAGAAAAAGAGCAUCGCAAACGGGCUGAGAAAGAGGCUCUGGAGCAACGCAAGCUGGAUGAGGAGAUGAGAGAGGCUAAAAGGCAGCAGAGAAAACUUAACUUCCUGAUCACACAAACUGAAUUAUAUGCCCAUUUUAUGAGUCGUAAGCGAGAUAUUGGGCAUGAUGGAAUACAGGAGGAAAUCCUACGCAAACUGGAAGACAGCUCUACCCAAAGGCAGAUUGAUAUUGGAGGAGGAGUAGUGGUCAACAUCACCCAGGAAGAUUAUGAUAGUAACUAUUACAAGGCCCAAGCUCUGAAGAAUGCUGAGGAUGCUUACCAGAUUCACCAAGCCCGGACUAGAUCAUUUGAUGAAGAUGCAAAGGAAAGUCGAGCAGCUGCUUUACGGGCUGCUAACAAGUCUGGUACUGGCUUUGGGGAGAGCUACAGUUUAGCAAAUCCAUCUAUCCGGGCAGGGGAAGAUAUUCCACAGCCUACUAUUUUCAAUGGGAAACUGAAAGGUUACCAACUGAAAGGCAUGAAUUGGCUGGCAAACCUAUAUGAACAGGGCAUCAAUGGAAUCCUGGCAGAUGAAAUGGGUUUGGGUAAAACAGUACAAAGUAUUGCUCUCCUUGCACACCUGGCUGAAAGAGAGAACAUCUGGGGACCUUUUUUAAUAAUCUCGCCUGCAUCUACUCUUAACAACUGGCACCAGGAGUUUGCCAGAUUUGUUCCUAAAUUUAAGGUGCUACCUUACUGGGGAAAUCCUCAUGAUAGAAAGGUCAUUAGGAAGUUCUGGAGUCAGAAGACAUUGUACACUCAGGAUGCUCCUUUCCACGUGGUGAUUACCAGUUACCAACUGGUAGUACAGGAUGUGAAGUAUUUCCAGCGAGUGAAGUGGCAAUAUAUGGUGCUGGAUGAAGCACAAGCGCUCAAGAGUAGCUCCAGUGUUCGCUGGAAGAUCCUACUGCAGUUCCAGUGUCGAAAUAGAUUGUUAUUGACGGGGACCCCAAUCCAGAACACAAUGGCUGAGCUGUGGGCCCUGCUGCAUUUUAUCAUGCCAACAUUGUUCGAUUCCCAUGAAGAGUUCAAUGAGUGGUUUUCUAAGGACAUAGAAAGUCAUGCAGAGAACAAAUCUGCCAUUGAUGAAAACCAGCUAUCCCGCUUACACAUGAUCCUGAAGCCUUUCAUGUUGAGAAGAAUCAAGAAAGAUGUGGAAAAUGAACUGUCAGAUAAGAUUGAGAUUCUUAUGUACUGCCAGCAGACAAGUCGACAGAAGCUGUUGUAUCAAGCCCUGAAAAAUAAAAUCUCUAUCGAUGACCUCUUGCAAUCUUCAAUGGGCACUACUCAGCAAGCACAGACCACUACUAGUAGUCUCAUGAAUCUAGUCAUGCAGUUCAGGAAGGUGUGCAAUCACCCAGAGCUAUUUGAGCGACAAGAAACUUGGUCUCCAUUUCACAUCUCCUUAAAGCCAUACCCAAUUUCAAAGUUCAUCUACCGUCAUGGACAGAUCAGGGUCUUCAACCACUCACGGGACAGGUGGUUACGGGUUUUACUUUCGCCAUUUGCACCAGACCACAUCCAGCAGUCUCUCUUCCAUAGGAAGGGCAUCAAUGAAGAAAGCUGUUUCUCUUUCCUCCGGUUUAUUGAUGUCUCGCCAGCAGAAAUGGCAAACCUCAUGAAUCAGGGACAUUUAGCCAGAUGGUUAGCUCUUUUCCUGUCUCUGAAAGCCUCCUACAGGCUCCAUCAUUUGCGCUCCUGGAUGGAACCAGAAAGAGAGAAACAGCAGGGCUCACACUGUCUAAAGAACAAGGAUUUCUUGCUUGAUGUAAAUUUCCCACUGUCUUUCCCUAACUUGCACAGCUGCACUUUGCUGCAGAACCUUGUGUUCAGUAGCCACUGCAAAGCAGUUACUGGCUAUUCAGAUCAUGUCAUACAUCGAAGGAGAUCAGCUACCUCAUGUGUACGGUGCUGCCAGGUGACUGAGCUGCCGUCCUUCCUGUGCAUAGCCAGUCCACGGGUAACAGCUGUGCCACUGGAGUUCUAUUGCAAUGAUCGAAGUGCAGAAUACGAGCGCAGAGCACUAAGGGAAGGAGGAAGUCUUGAAGCAAAACAGUGUUUAGUCAAUGGAGCCCCUGAGCUAGCAGCUGACUGGCAGAAACAAAGCUCCCAGUUCUUCCCAGAAUAUCCAGGAGGACUGUUGGGGAUCAGGCCUCAGAACGGCUGGUCUUUCAUCAGGAUACCAGACAAGGAGAGUCUGAUCACCGACAGUGGAAAACUUCAUGCUCUUGAUCUUCUGUUGACAAGGCUGAAAUCUCAAGGGCACAGAGUUCUUAUCUACUCUCAGAUGACACGGAUGAUUGACUUACUGGAGGAAUAUAUGGUUUAUAGGAAGCAUACCUACAUGAGAUUGGAUGGUUCUUCAAAGAUUUCUGAACGAAGGGAUAUGGUGGCGGAUUUUCAAAACAGGAAUGACAUUUUUGUGUUCCUGUUAAGCACGAGAGCUGGAGGGCUGGGCAUUAACCUUACCGCUGCAGAUACGGUAAUUUUCUAUGACAGUGAUUGGAAUCCAACAGUAGACCAGCAAGCCAUGGACCGCGCACAUAGGUUGGGACAAACAAAACAAGUCACUGUGUACAGAUUGAUAUGUAAAGGCACCAUUGAGGAGCGCAUCUUACAAAGAGCUAAGGAAAAGAGUGAGAUCCAACGAAUGGUAAUUUCAGGUGGCAAUUUCAAACCUGACACUUUGAAGCCAAAAGAGGUGGUCAGUCUUCUACUAGACGAUGAAGAACUAGAAAAGAAAUUGCGUCAGCGUCAAGAAGAGAAGCGACAGCAAGAAGAAACAAAUCGUGUGAAGGAACGUAAACGUAAAAGGGAAAAAUAUGCUGAAAAGAAGAAGAAGGAGGAUGAAUUGGAUGGGAAGAGAAAGAAAGAGGGCAUGAACCUUGUGAUCCCGUUUGUUCCCUCAGCUGAUAACUCCAACCUGUCCGCUGAUGGGGAUGAUUCCUUUGUCAGUGUAGACUCUGCCAUGCCCAGUCCUUUCAGUGAGAUAUCCAUCAGCAGUGAGCUACAUAUGGGCUCUAUCCCUCCUGAUGAGAGCAGCAAUGAUAUGCUUGUGAUUGUGGAUGAUCCAGCUUCUUCAGCACCUCAGUCGAGGGCAACAAACUCUCCUGCUUCCAUUACUGGCUCAGUUUCAGACACCAUAAAUGGAGUUUCAGUGCAAGAUACACCUCUCACUGGCAGGGGCCAGUCAAGUCGAAACCGCGGUCGUCCUAAAGGAGGGAAUGCUGGAUCUAAGGGCACCGGGAAGAGCAGAAGCCGGAAAUCGAUAGCAGGAAGCGCGGCUGCAAUGGCAGGUGCCAAAGCCGGGGCGGCAGCAGCCUCUGCAGCGGCGUAUGCAGCGUACGGGUACAGUGUCUCCAAAGGCAUGUCUUCAAGUAGCCCUCUACAAACAGCAAUUAUUCGGCCUUCUGGACUGGCAGAUUUUGGACCUUCAAGCGCCUCUUCUCCUUUGAGUUCGCCUUUGAGCAAAGGAAACAGUGUUUGUGGCACCCCCAAAAGCUUAAACCUGACCAGCAGUCUUGUAUCAGAAACUGCCAUUCGGAAGCAAAGCAAAGGUGCCCAUACCUCAGGUGCUCGGUAGUAAUUUUGAACCCCCAAAGUUUGUCUAAACUGUGUUGGCUAUUGGAGAAGACCACCCUGCAAGCUGAAGGCAUGCAAAUGAAUGCCUUGUGCUGUCAUGCAGCUGUGUGAAAAGAAAAUCAAAGCACAAUAGGAAUGGGUGGUUUAUGUGAGCACUUUGAUUAUGUGUAUCCCAAAUAAUUAUCUUUGCAGACACUGCGAGAAGGAUGGAAAGGGGUCUGGAGAGAGUGUCAGAUGUAGUUUUAUGAUGUGUAUCUGACAGAGAUUCCUGAGAAAGCAUCCAGGUACUCCAUGCAAAAUCCCGAAGCUGUGUGUAACUUGAAGUCACACCAGUGUAUUUUCUCUCUUGUAGCUUGAGGUGGAACUCAGCUUUAGUUUUAUUCAGUGAAAUCGGUAUCUGAACGCCAGAGUCAGAAGACAUUUCUGUACUGGGAGCUGGUUGGUGUACGUGCAGGGGCUAACUGA